AUGCAUGACAGUUUUUUUGAUCUUUAUUUGAAGCGAUUGAACGAACUGAGCGACGAUGAACAGAAAGUUCUUCUUAGUAAUAACAUUUUAGAAGAGUCCUUUAGGAAAAUAUGUAACUAUAAUUUUGUCCAGAAGCAUUUUUCGAAUAUCUUUUGCGACAACUUGCACAUGUUACGCGAAGAAAGUAAUUUGUCCCUGUUACACUUAUUAUUGACAAAGUGCUCAUAUGCACACUUUAAGGAAUAUCUUUUUGCGAAUCUACAAUUUUUAGAAAAUCUGGAAAUGCUCGCAUAUUUGAAAAUAUACGAAAAGAUUUAUGAAUAUACAAUUCAAAAUAUAUUUUUGGAGAAUUGCCAGGAUUUCGACCUAUCCAGAGAGAUACUAAAUUUUUUCUGGUUCUCGACAAACCAUGAAUUAAAGGCUCAGUCAUUUGAGAUGUCGAUGUGCCACUUUGAAAAAUUAUUUUUAGUGAACAAGCAUAACAUGGGGCAACAUACAAAAGAGUACCUUGCGCAGUUGGAGAAAGAUGCCUACUUGAAAAAAUUUGUGCAUUGA